AUGUCUUCGCGGUAUCCCGAUGAUUCAGACUAUCGUCGCCGUGACGCCGCCCGCCACUCCUCCAGAAGAGAACCUCGCGAGCGUGACCGUCAGGAACGUGUUGAACCUGCAAGAGAAAGGAGAGUCCUGGACGACCGUCCAAGCCGCGAUACCCGUAUGACUGAUGCCAUGGACACCCGUAUGGAUACCAGAAUGGACACCCGAAUGGACCCUCGGAUUGAUUCCCGCAUGGACCCCAGGAUGGAUGCUCGUAUGGAUAUGCGAUCUGAACAGCGCCCCGGCACGACGUCUCGUAUAGAGCCACGAUCUGACCGUGUCCUGGAUAGCCGUGGAGCUGACCCGGAUGUCAUCGUGAUGCACCCUACCGGAGAACUAUAUCGUCAAGUAAGGGAUCCGCCUACGAGGUCUCCUUAUCCUCGGGAUGAGCGUGACUAUGAUGCAGCCACCAGAAGUCGAACAGCAAUGGAUGUGCCCUCGAGCAGAGAUCGUGAUUCUGUCAGGCCCGAAUAUACCGAGUACUUUUGCCCAGGCGAAGGGAUUGAACGAGAAGUUAUCCAGCAUGAGAUCUGCAAAUAUCUUGGUCAGGACGCCACUUGCCGGCCAACUCGAAGUGACGAAGCACGUCAGGGAUAUUGGGUCAAGGCCUAUCGCCCAUUCACCACAGCAAUGGUACAGUCUCUGCGUGAGGAGACGAUUAGAUGGCAGCGUGAACGGGAACGGCGGGCCAGACAGGGCCGCACGCAAGGCUCCUACGCCGAGAUGCAAGCCCGUCAGGAAAUGCAACCCCGCCAGGAGCCCCAAAGGAGAUACCCAGGAGAUAUGGAACUGGACGAUGAUGACUAUGCCCGUCCGCAACAAGUACGGCAUCGUGAACAGCUUGAACCUCGUACUCUCCCUGGUAGCCGUGUUGCUAUUCCUGCAACUCAAUACCCACCGGAUCCUGGCUACCCUGCCGGGUAUACCAUUUCUUCCGGCCACGCAAUGUAUGCUUCAGGCCAGUCUCCUUACCCUGGAUCGGAGCGAGAGAGAGAGCCCAGGACAUUUGCCGGUGGAAACACUACACCGCCAUCAUACAGCCGAUCUGGGGCCCCAGGAGGAGGAUAUGGACCGUCAUCCUACCCAAGUCGUACAGCACCACCGGUCACAUCAUCAAUACCUGGUUCUUAUGAUCUCCGGAGAGACGUGAUGGGUGCACCAUAUGCUUCCGGAUAUCCUGAUUCUCGUAGGCAUAGAUGA